AUGGAGCCUCGCGCCCGCGCCGCCAAAAAUGUUGGCAAAAUGAACUUUAGCCACAACGAGCUGGCUCAACUACUAUACGCCCACGGCGACGUGAGGAACCCGCUCCCCGAAACGAUUCGCGUGCUAGACGAGAUCGUAACCGAGUUCAUCCAAGGCAUGGCCUUCGAAGCGACGCGCGCGGCCAACUACGCGGGACGGCAAAAGGUCAAAUACGAGGAUUUCGAAUUCGCGUUCCGCAAGAACGACGCCUUUCUCGGAAAGGUCCAGGAGGUCUUUGAGAAGAAGGGCGAGAUCGAGUCGGCCAAAAAGAUUUUCACAAAGGACGACGAGGCGGUACUCAUGAAGGACGCGGCGGACCAGGAGCACGGCAAGAAGGAUAAGGCCGCCAACGGCACGGGCGAAGCUUCGGGUGCGGCGGACGCGGCGGUGAAGCAAGAGGAGGAGCUGGGCGAGGCGGACGAUGACGCUGAUGCCGAGAGUGAGGUUGCGGGACGACCGUCGAAAAGGGUCAGGUUGGACGGAGAUGGGAAGUGA